AGACAAAACGACACGGAGCAACGAAGAGCCUCUCGAUUUCAACUCUUGCCGCUACGGCUCUAUCGUCGAAAGUUCACAAAAGCCCUCCCAUCCAUACAGGAGAAUCUUGUUGCGACGCAACCGAAGCAGAAUACUCGUACAUCCCGUCGACARCGGAACUCCGCGACGCAAAACUCUGCGAAACCAAACGAAGCAAAUAACAAUCCCAACGAAUCGCCACCCCAGCCGCCAUCCCAAUCGCAAUUGCAAUCGCCAUGGCCACCAGCAACAAAUACGACCGGCAGCUCCGCUUGUGGGGGGCCCAGGGACAAAAGGCACUCGCGGAAACCCGUGUGGUUUCCGUGGGGGCCUCCGCCGCCGGAACCGAGACCCUGAARAACCUCGUCCUGCCGGGGAUCGGCGCCUUUACGGUCAUGGAUUUCGUCGACGAACCUUCGGYCGGAAACCAGGGAGGGAGCCAUCCCGCAACGGGUGCCACCGGAAGGGUCACGGAGAAAGACGCGGCCUCGAACUUCUUUCUGCCCCUGGGGGACACCGAAACCAAAACCGAAACCGAAAGCGUUGCCACGAGAGCAGAGGUCGCCUGCAAGCACCUCGGGGAGCUCAACCCCGACGUGGCCGGAUCCUUCCGGAACCUYCCCCUCGACGGAUCGCCGCGCCCGGACGCCCCUAGCUUCUGGAAGACCGUCCUGGAGGAGGAAUCCCUGCGGGCAACGAGCGAUUCCGGGGCGAAGGAACCCGGCGGCGCGGAUGAAUCCCAACCACCGAAAACGAGCAGGCUCCUGGUCGUUGCGGCCGACCUGGUCCCGGACGUCCUGGAGGCCCUGGCAAAAGCCUGCUGGGACUCGGGCCACCCGCUCGUUGCGGUGACCUCCUACGGUUUGAUCGGAACCGUGCGGCUCCAGCUCCCCGAGAAGGGGGCCGUGCUGCUCCAGCCGAAACCGACGAAUUCCCCCCCCGAUCUGCGGCUGGUGACCUCCUUUCCGGCCUUUCGGGACUUUGUCGAGGACGUGGCCGGUGGCGAUUCCCUCGGGGCCAUGGACAGCGCGGAACACGGCCACGUUCCCUACCCGGUGCUCCUGGCCAAGGCCAUGGAAGGCUACCGGGCCGCCGCCAACUCAAAGGCAGGGGACACAAGCGGGGACGGUCCGCGGGACCUGCCCAGGACCUACGCCCAAAAACAAGACUUUGUCAACAACUACGUCAAGCCCAUGGCCAGAGACUACGACCAACAGCUCAACUUCCAGGAGGCGGUGUCCAACGCCUACCUCGCCUACACCGAGCGGGACCUGGGCUGGAUGGACCUGCUCGCAAGCACCGUGGCGAGGGAGAGCAAGCUGGGGCGGCUAAGGUCCGCCCUCGAAACCUUUCUGGAGGAACACCCCGACCACCGUCCGCCCCUCAACGGGAGCGUCCCCGACAUGACGGCCUCGACGGCCCUCUACGUGCGCCUGCAGCAGCUSUACAAGGACCAGGCGGGGGAGGACCUCCGAASGAUGGCGCGGAUCCUCGAGGAGCAGCAGCGCCRGGAACCGGAGGGSCGGCAGCUGGAGCCGGUCACCGGCGACGACCUCGCCAACUUUUGCGCCAACGUCUAUUCCGUCGGGCACGCAMRGACCCGGAGCCUGGCCGACGAGGACAAGGGGGAGGCCUCCACCCCCGGGGAGCUCSAGGACCUUCUGGACGACUGGAAGGCGGCCCUCAUGGACCCCUGCGAGGUGCCCGUCCACACGCCGCUGCUGUGGUACCUGGGCGUCCGCGCCGCCCAGGCCUUUUGCCAGAGGGAGGGCCGGUACCCCGGGUGCGUCGAUGUCUGCGGAACGGCCGGAACGGGCCAGCUGGAGGAGGACGCCUCMCUCCUGGAGGAGCUCCUGCGGGAGACCAUUUUCCCCCGCUACGGGCUGGGGGGCGAGGACCUCCUCUCGUCCAGGGAGCACACGGAACGGAUCGCGCGGGAGCUGGCGCGGUACGGAAACGCCGAGGUCCACGCGGUGGCCAGCGUCGUCGGCGGGGUGGCGGCCCAGGAGGCCGUCAAGGUGGUGACGGGACAGUACGUUCCCCUCGACAACACCUACGUGUACAACGGGAUCGUUUCGGUCGGUGGGGUCUACCGGUUCUAGGAGGAGAAGACGGAUUUUUUUAAAAAAACCAAUGCAAUGCA